AUGGGGGAGUUGUUGUCGAAGAUCGGACUUCUUCGAAAAGAAAUUACUUCGCUCGAGCGGUGUCGAGAGGCGUUGGCUACUGCUACGACCGAUGCUAGUGUUAAUAGAACGUUGGUGGCCUUUGAGGACGCCCGUUCCUACACAACACGACAAUUUCACGAGUUGAAAUCACAGAUCCAGCGAGAGGCUGAGGCGACUGAGCAAUUAGCUCAGGGCGAUGGCACCUCUGAAGGAAACGUGGACCUCAGGGCUAGGCGUAGUGGUUGCCUUAUGCUUAUGCACGAAUUCAGGAAGCUGGAUUUCAACAAGACUGGAGACAACGCGUGA